CAGUCUGCAUUUCCGGCACAUGUGGAAAUCAAAUCGAAGAAAUGGCAAACGAAGAUGUCAGCAAAACUGCUUCAGUUGAGGUUCAUUUUGCACAAAGAUUGGCAUCAAACGAGAAGAAGAUUAGAGACAGAGCAAUGAAGAAAUUAAGAAAAUGGCUUGAAUUGAAAUCUUUAACCAAAAAAGAAAAAGCUUUUACUGAAGCAGAUUUCCUGAAGAUAUGGAAAGGUCUCCACUACUGUCUGUGGAUGCAGGACAAAGCACUUCUUCAGGAGGAGAUGUGUGGAUUUAUGUCCCGACUGGUUCAUGUAUUCAGUCAUCCAGACAACACAUUACUGUUCAUACAAGUGUUCUUACAGACAGAGGCUAGGGAAUGGAAUGGCACAGACCGCUGGAGGAUGGAUAAGUUCAUGAUGUUGUUUCGUAACAUGUUGACCCAGUCAUUGGAGUUUCUUAAAAAACAGAAAUGGAAAAAGAGUCUCAUUACCAAGUUUACCGACAUUCUGUCCAAUAAGAUAAUGACCAUUAAGGAAGACAUUUCACCAGACGGACUAAAGAUACAUUUUACAGAUAUUUAUUUAGAUGAACUUGAGAGAGUUGGUGCUGAGGAGUUACCGCCAGGCAAAGUUUUGAGUUUAUUGGCACCAUUCUCUAAUUAUAUACAGAUGUCCAGAAAUGGUGUGGUUGUAGGGAGGGUUGUAUCAAGAGUAUUUGAUGCCAUUAUACAACAAACAGUGGAUGAUGCUAUGACAGCAGCUGAAAAACAAAUAGAGAAAGAAGAAGGAGACAGUGAUAAUGAAGAAAACAUUGAUGAAGAAGAAAAAGAAGACACUGAAGAUCCUGAAGAUAUAGAAAUUCCACCUAGACUACAGUUUGACUUUAAAGCUAUAGCAGAUGAACUGUUCCAAUUAGGCAGCAAUAAAGACUGUGUUAGUAAGAACAGGAACAGACUCUACAGACUUGUCAAAAGAUUUCAGGAUUUGAAUGAGGGUAUACUGCCACAAGAGAAGGUUGAUGAAGAAGAGGGGGAUAUUUUAAAAAAGAAAGAUAUCUCUUUAGCUGUUCAAAGACUCGAGAACUUAGAGGUUAAAAAAAAGAAAAAAAAGAAGAAGAAGAAAAAGAAAAACAACUUGCAGGAUGAAAAUGAAGGUUCACAGAGUAGUGAAACAGAAAAUCUAAAUUCUAAACCAGAAACGAAGAAAGUGAAAAGGAAAAGUGAAGACCUAAAUACAGAACCUUCUUUGUCUCCAGAGAAGAAGAAGAAAGAGGGUAAAAAGGGGCUGGGAAAGAAAGAAAAUAAAAACCAAGCCAAUGGAGUUAGUCCGAAAUUAGAAUCAGCAAAGAAGACAGGAAAACAGAAGAAAAAACAAAAUAAUGUGCAUGAAGCUUCACCAGAAAUAAAAGUACAAGGCAGCAAAAAGAAAAAUGAAAUCGUAGAUAGUAUCUCAAAUUCAGCUAAGAAAGGCAGCAAUAAUAAAAACACUGACACAGAUCAAGUUAAUGAUAGUGAUACUCUAGAUUUAUCUCUUACUACUUCAGCAAAGAAAAAGAAAGGAAACAAAUAUAGUCCUGCCUCAGUAUUGUCUGAGUCCAGGGGAGAUAACUCAACACAAUCAAAAAGUAAAAACAAACUAAAUGAUGUGUCUUUUGAUCAAAGUAUGGCUGAAGUAUUUAAUAAUGUUAGUAAUGACAUAACAAAGAAUGAACAGGUUAUUACAGUGAAAUCUAAGAAAAAAAGAAAAAGCUCUGUGACUUUAGAAGAAUCUGUGAUGGAAGAGAAAAAUGUCUCCACUCCAACAUCAAAGAAAACUCCUAAAAGUAAAAGUUCAGAGGCCAAAAUGAUGAAAUUGAUAGAAGAGAAUACAAUUAACAGUUCACCAAAAUCUGAAGGGUUUGCUAAAUUUGACACAUUAAUGAAGACGCCACCUGCUUUUGUUAGAAAAUCUAUAAACAAACUGAAAACACCAAAGUCAGCAGUCAAAAAGCAAACAUUGGAAGCUCCUACAUCCUGUCCAGAUUCAAAGAAAAAAGUCAUCUUUAACAUGAAGAAAAAUGAUUCAAUAAGUUUUCAGGACAGUAUAAACUCACUAUUCAGUCCAGGAUCGUUUAAUCCAACUAAGACAGCUGACCACGGAAUUCUGAAGACACCUUCACCAGCCAUGACUCGCAGUCAGUCAUUUAAGAAACGAAGAGCAUCAACUGGAGUUAUUAAGCAAAAAAGGCCAAAAGCAGCAGAUUUCUUUUAAAACUUAAAAUUUUAGUGAAGAUCUGAACUUUAAAAGAAAUCUUUAUAUUGACAUUCUGUUCGCUUACAUUCGAGAUAGCACAAAAUUCAUGUUGAUUUACAAAAUUUUAUACUUUGUAUGAAUUUAUAAUUUCAUCCUUCCGUAUUUUGAAUCAUUUAAUAUGUUAAUGAAAAAUUCAAAUCUAGCAAAUACUGGUUGUAUUUUAAAACAAAAUUAAUAAGUAGACAAAAGAAAACUUUUAAAUUUUAUCCAUAUGACAUUUUCAAAUACCAAAUCUUGAAAAUAAUACAUUUUACAUAUCCCAUGCAUAUAAUGGUUCUUAGAAAUUGGGAUUUAAUCCAUUUGUGCCUGAAAUUUAAGUUCAAUUUUCAAACUUAUUGAACAAAUUAUGGAUGAAGUGAAAUUUAGCAGUAUACAGCAACAGAACUAACAUCUAGUUUUAUUCCUGUUGAGUUUAAAUUUUUAUCAUUUGAAUGCAAGUCACUUAUCACAUACCAUCAAAACGUUUUAAAAAGAUUAGAUUGUUAAUUGUGAUAAAACAACAAUAAACAUUGUCAAAAAGAUCACUCUAUAAUAUCUUGUUAAAUACUGUAGUGACUGGUUAUAUUUUUAUGGGAUAUCUAUUUUAAUUAUUCAAUUGACUGUUACGGUUAUCAUGCCGUAUAUCAGUAAACAUUUGAAUCUGAAGGAUUUUUUACAGCAGAUUUCAGUCAGUAUGAAGCUAUAGGUAAUAUCUUUGGUUAGCUUGCUUGUUAGCUGAACCAUGAAGUCAUUGUUAGGUAAUGUAUACUACCCUCCUUUUAAAGUAGCUUAGUCCUACAGAGAGAUAGAUUGUUUAUCUGUUGGGCUAGUCUAUUAUGAAAGGAGGGUAGUUUACCUAACCUUACAAUGACUUCACGGUUCAGCUAACAAGCAAGCUAACCAGAGAUAUUACCUAUAGCUUCAUACUCACUGAAAUCUGCUGUAAAAAUAUAUCUUGAAUAAGCCACAGUAUGCAUGGUUUUCUGUAACCUUAAGUUGAUCAAUCAGAUUACAUCUAUGUACCAUGCAUCAUGUUACUGCUUUUCCUAUUUGUUAAUGACUGAAAUGAAUUGUACCAAAACUGUUAUUUAUGCAAUGUAAUUGAAAUAUAAUUUCUUAUAUUAAAGUUAUAUUAUUAAUUUG